AUGGUGUGUUUUUUUUUGUUGCGAGAGAAAAUUUUAAUCUAUAACAACCUGAUAGAAGAUAAUGAAGAGAUCACCAAUGAUGGGACUGAAGUGGUACUCAACCCCACCCAAGAUACCAUUGAACAAAUGUUGGAAGCUCAAAAGGACACAUCAAAAAAAUGGGGGCCAGUGCAAGUGCAAAGAAGAAGUACCAGAGUUGAUGUAGGAGGGAAAACCAUGUUGGAGAUAGCUGUCAACAAGAAGAAGAUCCAGAACCUGGAGAAGGAGAAGGACACUUAUCAAGAUCCAUUUAACCCUCAAGAGGUGGAUGAUCCUUUUCAAGUACCCACAGCUGGAAAACCUGAAACUCAUCUUGCAGAAGAUAGCAUCGAUACUCACUUCCCCUUUCCUGCUGACUAUGGGGUGACUGAUGGCAUGGACACUGAAGGUGUCCUGAGCCAAGGUUCUCUCACAAAAAUGUCGUUGUGGAUAGGAGGAGUGAGCUCCGGUAAGCUGUCGCAAGGGCACUACUCGCCUCCUAGGAGCCCUGGGAGGAGCUUCAAGACCAUGUCUUCACUCAGUCCCAUCACGCCGCUGGAGCUGCCGCUGUCUUCGAUCCAAGCAAUCAAGCGAAUCAAGAGUGGUGAGUACCACAAAGCAAUGGAGAUGGAAGCGCUGAGGAGCAGCAUUGGGGUGGUGCUGGGGCUUUAGAUGCUGGUCACUAUUCAGGGCUGGAGUACGGAAAGACCCCGGCUUGAACUUUCGUUGAUCUUAGUUUGGAAAGGAUACGUGGUCUGUAAUAACUGCACUUGGGGCAGUUGGCUUGCCGGUUCUCUAGUUUCUAUUUCUUGGUUUGGUAAACUUGGAGUCAUGUAACAGAUUCUGCUCUGGUUUCGUUUUGAAUGAAAAAUGGAACCAGGGGGGGUGU